CUGACCAACAGCAGACGCUGUCGAACCACCGACGUAUUUAAUACCGUAGGUAAGGAGGUACUAGGUAGUAGGUGCGCCCGAUCACUGAUAUGAUAUAAUCGGACACACGGUGAAUUAGAUCUCGUCGCGGACUACAAUAGAAGUGGACGGUAUGGGCUAUGGAACUAUUCAGCUACCUGGUGUCGGUCAUAUAUUCAAAAUAAAUUCCACUCCACAGUUGACGGAUCAAGAUAUAUUAUCAUCAUUUAGUAUAUAUCUGUGCCGGAAUCAUAUUAUACCACCUUGGACGGAGCCUUGCCCAUUUUGCCUGUGCAAACGAUUGAUGCACAUAUUAUAAUCGACGAGUCUCUGGAUGAGAGUACGAGACCUGCAAUUUACGAAUGCCAAUGCUAGUACACAUAUCCCACUGGCGUUCGACGCGGGAUCUCAUUCAAUACGUUUUGGCUUCUGCAAUAACAGUUCGCCAAACUCAGAUAUACCAGCCGUGGUCGGUGGCAUGUUGGAUGGCACGGAGUCGGUCGCACAUAUGAAUCGUAUAAAGCAGGGUUUAACGUAUUAUGUGAAUACCAACACUUUAUGUGUCCCACGUGAAGGCAUGGAACUUUUAAACAUAAUGGACAAAGGAUUAAUCCAACAUUGGGAUGCUUUUGAAAACCUUAUGGAUUAUGCUUACUCGAAGUGUUUGUUCACUGAUCCAAAGCUUCAUCCUGUUGUAUUUACUGAAUCACCAUCUAAUACCAACAAACAUAGAGAAAAACUAAUGGAGUUGUUGUUUGAAAAAUACAAUGUACCAGCAAUGAUGAUUUGUAAAAACGCUGCAGCAGCUGCUUUUUCUUGUGGGGAACAAACAGGUAUUGUCAUUGAUAGUGGUGCUACACAUACAACUGCCAUCCCAGUACACGAAGGAUAUGUAAUAACUGGUGCUAUUGUCACUUCUCCCAUGGGAGGAGAUUUCAUUCUCAAACGAUGUGAACAACAUUUGUAUGAAAAUAAUAUUGAUGUGAUUCCACAUUAUCUUAUAGCUAAAAAACAAUGGGUAAAAGCAAAAGAAACACCAAUAUGGUCAAGAAAAAAUACACUACCUAAAGUUACAAACUCUUGGCAUAACUACAUGUGCAAAUCAGUUCUUGAAGAUUUUAAGCAUACCGUGUUAGAAGUAGCCGAAUCUCCAUAUAAUGAUGCUCUUUCAUCAAAUCUUCCAACUUGUCAUUAUGAGUUUCCAAAUGGCUAUAAUCAAGAAUUUGGCAGUGAAAGGUUCAAAAUACCAGAAUUGUUUUUCAAUCCUAGUAAUGAAGGAAGUAACUUAACAGCCCUGAGUGGAAUUGUCCACCUUUGUGCAGCAAUGUGUAGUGAUACAAUACUAGAUGAAUUAUAUGCCAAUAUCAUAGUUACUGGUGGAAAUUCUUUAAUAAAAGGGUUUCCACGGAGAUUACAUACAGAAAUUGCAACUAAUUUAAGAAGUACAUCUAGAGUGAAAUUGACUGCACCAAUAAAUUCAUGUAAUAGGCGAUUUGGUGCAUGGAUUGGUGGUUCAUUAUUAGCCACUACUGCUAAAUUUAAUCAUUUGUGGUUCAGCAACAGCGAUUAUCAUGCAAAUGGCACAGAUGAAAUCAAUCAUAAUUAUCGUUAUAUUUAAUAUUUUUUUUUUAUGUAUUAAUUAAAUUAUAAUUUUUUUUUUUUUUUUUGAGAGG